GCAACCCUCGAUUGAAUCCCGCCUUCGCAACCUCUUCUUUCACUCUCCAAUGACCAAUUUUCUGUUCAAACUUCCUCUGCGUCUCUUUGCUCAAGAUCUCCAGAAGUUUGCAGGGAACGACACCACAAUUUCCCGCAAAUUCCUCUCUUCUCUGUCUGAAGUCUCCGAAUCAACCAACAAUCGGACGGUCGACUACCUUGUUCAUACCCUUGGAUUCUCCAAGGAUUCAGCUCUCGUCGCUGCGAAGCGAAUCCAUCUCAAACCUACUGCAAAUCCCGACUCUGUCAUUGCUCUCUUCAAGGCCUAUGGAUUCACACUGUCUGAUACUGCCAGCAUCUUUUGCAGAAAUCCUAAUCUCCUCCUUGCUGAUCCGGACACAACACUCAAACCUAAGUUUGAGUUUCUCUCUCGAAAUGGUUUCACCGGUCAUGUUCUCGUCGACGUGAUCUCUAGGGACCCGUCAAUUCUUAGAAGGAGUUUGAAGAAGCAGAUUGUUCCGUGUAUUGAUCUUCUCAGAAAUUUUUUUGGCUCUACCAAUGGUAUAGUCUCGCUCUUUUCUAAUAGACGUGGGACUUGGGUUUUGCGAAACUUUUCAGAAUCUGUGGCUCCCAAUAUCGAACUAUUGAGAGCUAAUGGCGUGCCCGAUUCGAACAUCGCGAAAAUGAUUUGGGUGCGCCCGAGGACACUAGCAAGGGAUGCGGAAGAGUUCAGUGACAUCGUCGAGAAGACGAAGGAAGCUGGUUUUAAUCCUUCGAGCCCGAUGUUUAUUGAUGGGCUGUGUACGCUUUUAGGGAUGAAAAAGGACAAAUGGUUAUCGAAACUGCAUAUUUUUACAAGUUUUGGGUGGUCAGAGGAGCAGUUUCAAUCUCUAUUUCGCAAGCAGCCCACGAUUAUGAAUUCGUCUGAAGAGCAAAUAAAGAGGGCCUUGGAUUUCUUUAUGAACAAAUUGGACUGGACGCACGAAGAAAUUUCCAAGUACCCAAAUGUACUUCAUCUUAGUUUUGAAAAAAGGGUGGUUCCGCGGUCGUCUAUUCUUCAGCACCUGAUAUCAAAAGGUUUUAUCAAGAAGACAAGUUUUGGCAGGGCAUUUAUGAUUAGCGAGGAUAAGUUUUUGUUCAAGUUUGUGAUACAGUAUCUUUCUGAGGACCCACAUCUACUUGAGAUGUACCAGAAGAAAAUGGCAGUUUUAUAAACGCUUGGAUUGCAAUUCAGGUGUUAAGUAGACCAAUGUCGGUGGCGGGAACGUGUGGAGCUGUGCGGCUAUAGUUGAGACCCUAGAUCGAGUCCUCUUUGUCCAUGUUGUUUUAAUGUCAUUUUGAUGUUUAUUUUGGGAAAACUUAUGCUAUUUUGUAACUGAUUUUCUUUUGAUGUAUUUCCGCAAAUCCUGUUAUGUUUUGGAACUAUUUGGAUUUUUAAUGCUUAUCAGAUAACUUUAAUUUUAUUGUGUCUCCCGUUUUAUCAAAUGAAAAUGUCGUAAGACUUUUUAUCCUAGAGUCCACGUAGCCAUUUGUGAUUCGAUGCGUCGGAGAGCGGUCGUUACAGUUUGGUAUCAGAGCUCUAGGUUGUUAGGUCUGGUAGACCCUCCUUUAUCUAGAGUGUCAGUUGGGUCUAGAAGUUCGGAAGGGAGUAGUGAUGAAGUUUCGGAUGAAGUCGUGGAGGUGCUUAUGAUUGACACGCCUAGUGGCCCGGGCCUUUUGUUCCCGAAGGGAGGCUGGGAGAAUGAUGAGACGGUGGAGGAGGCUUCUGUAAGGGAAGCUCCGGGAAAAGCAUGAAAAAAAAGGCUCGAAUGGUACGAUCCCUCUGUCAGCCCAGAAUGAAAUGGACGAUUUCGUAGUUCUUGGUCUGUGAAGAUACGUUGUUAGGUGCUCCGUUUUAUUUUCCCAUUGAGACCGAACCUAAACCUGUGCUCGAGAGAUAGCUGUCCAUAUACUAAUAAGAGAUGUAUGGAUUCUCGAGAAGAGAGGAGCCGAGGUGGUCCCUCCCGGACCGCCCGGAUCCCACGAGUGAAUAGAAAGUUGGAUCUCACCUGAAUCGACCCAUCUAUCCUUUUGAGGAGAAGUUUGGUUUCAAACCUCAAUUCAAACGGGAGAAGUACGCCAUGCUAAUGUGCCUUGGAUGAUCCAGAAUUGUUUUUACUCAUAUCCUUUUGUGAAAAUUGAAGGUUGUUUCAUCUAACGUGUGUAUGUGUGUGUGUAUAUAUAUAUAUAUAUAUAUAUGAUUGGAAGAGGAGUGCUGAGGAGUG